GUUGAUGUUUGUACAGCAGAGCUUCCCCCCAGUAGUCGUCUCAGAAUCAUGGCUUCUCACUAAGUUUGUUGCCAAUUACCAAGACACUGGGAAUGAUCUCGAAACAAGAUAUCCACAGCUUGCGUUUCUCCAGGGAUGCAUAGUGCGUCAGUUUGCAGGGAACAGAAGACAGCAUGCCUCCAUGCCGUGAAAUCACUCUUCCGCCGUAUUGCAGUGCUUUCAGACAACCUCGGAGACCCUGAGCCUGGUAAGAUAGUUUGGGGCUGGGGACUUGAAGCAUGCCAGACCUUUCUGGAUCUGUGCUCAGCUCGACAUCCCGUAGCACUCGUUAUUCUGGGUCACUUUACUGUCUUAAUGAGCUAUAGUCAGGAGCAUUGGUGUCUGAGAGACUGGCCAAUCGGUUUGUUGAGCUACAUUAAGGGGCUCCUUGGAGAUGAGUGGGAAGAUGCCAUGAAAUUGCCGGGAGGUCUUGUCUUUGGGAUAGAAACCUUAGCACCGAUAGGCUUGCCGCGGCUACUCGCACCAGCCGACGCAGGCCGUAUCAAUACGGGCAGUGAUCCACUAGCUGUACACAACCGCAUGCUCACUAAAUGCAGCUAUUCUAGGUCUCAGCACCAGCCCAUGAUUCGUGCCAUUGAGGCUUCCAACAUCAAGCCUGUUCUGGACCAACAGGUCUUCAAGCUCGAGGACCUCAAAGAGGCUUAUCAGUACCUGGCAGACCAGAAGCAUUUCUGCAGAGUUGCAGCCAAGAUUGAGUAG